AUGGUAUUGUACACGUACUCAGAUGCUGACUGGAUGUACAAAGUCAAUAUCUUUCGCCUCGUUCUCUACUACGCUGGUAUGGCAGCAAAUCUAUUUCUAACCAUCACAGCAGCGCACUGCAACUUCUCCUACAUCAUUCCAAAGGUCUUGUUGAUUACGCAAUCCUCUGUCGACUCUCUGCUGUCUUUCGCCGAUCACAUAUUUCGUGUUGAUGAAGAAGUUACAACGAACGGCACUACGUAUGCUGAUGACUAUUUGUGGAAAGACCAGAUCCAUGGGAAGCAUGACCGAAACCGAAUACUCCAAUACACAUUCGCAAAUGUGAUGGAAAGGGAACGGCACGGGCACGCUGGUGCAGGACUACCAAGAAGAAAACCUUAG